AUGAGCCGCGGCAAACCUACACGCACACGCGACAAAGAGUACCACCCGCGAGAGAGCAAUGCAACGAUGCCAUUAAGCCCUCGCCGGAAGUGGCUCCAGACAGAGCUGAUUUUUAGUGUGCAGGACCGCCGCAGUCGAGCCCGCGCGUUGCAACAAAUACGUGAGAAUAAAUCUGCUCUCUUAGGCCUCACCACGAGGGAUGUAGCACGGCGCCUGCAGGCCAUGCAUCCACCAUACAGGAUUAUGGACAACUGUAGCGGCAGCGGCAAGGAUAAGAAAGAAGAAAAGGCAAAGUCUCCGAGUCAUAUUUACCCUGAUAACACCUCUCCGCGGUUUCGUCCUCCCAUGUCGUACGAAGAGUGGCUGGAGGAAGGCUUUCCAGUGAGCUGCUGGAGACCCCUGCUUUUGACCGAGUUGUACCACCCACUGGAGGCGGAGCAGAAGCGCCUAAGCGUGAAGUAUAGCGUUGCCCCGCGGGAAAAGGAUAAGGCUAGCAAUGCGACAGCCAAGAAGGGUGCUAAGCAGUGA